AUGACAGGCGACAUAAGGACUGCUCACAACGGCGCGGAGGUUCCGAACCGCGACAAGAGACAGAGGAUCCGAGCUGGUUCCAUCGCUCUCUCGUCGGGAUCACCGCAUACGGGCAACCUGCAGUGGUCGGAGCUCGGUCAAGCGCUGGUAGUGACGGAUGACUACAUAGUCAUUUUAUCCCCAUUGACCGGACUGCAUCCAACGCUGGCAGCGCAGAGCCGCACGCAAGACGUCGAGUGCCACCCUGAUUGGAACGAUCGCUUCCCGCAUUCAGUCACCGAGAUCAACGUCAAGACGUUCCUCGACAACCAAAGCACCAAACGACGCAGAACGCUGCUCGAGUCCGACCACUCGGCCGUCGAUCCUCGCUUUCAGAACGUCCAAUGGAGCUCGGCGUGCUGGUCCAAGCCUGGCUUGGGUCCGCACGCAAGCUGCCUCAUCCUCGCCACCACCUCGGAGCUCGACCUUUUCGUGCUUGGUGCACCCUUCAAUGCCUGGACCGGCGAAUGGAAGCUGCUACAGGUGAUUAGCCUGGACCUCAUUGCUGAAGUUACGGAAGCCGAUGCUGCACGCUCGUCUGGCGAAAAGGAAGUCUUUUCUCAAUCACGCGCACUGCUCCGCAAAAUGCAAAUGUCCACAGAAGUGACCUGUGCUUCGUUUGUCGACCUGGCUGGACCUAGUCGUGGCAACGCGGAGUCGGAUCACUCACCUACUUACGUGAUCGCUGGUUUAAGGUCGGGCUACAUUGGCGUCUGGAACUGCGAGCCCAUCACAGGCGACUGUUUCUUUGUCCAAGCUGUAUCCGCAAGCAGCACAAGCAUCGAAAAGUUCACACUCUCUUCUGAUGUUGGUGAAUGCCAGACAGGCCUGCUGGCGAGGAUAGCUGUUAAACACGCAGACGGCGUCAUAUUGUACGGCUUGUAUGCCACUGAUGGGUCCGCGCAGGUGCGGCUCGAGACGGUCUCACCUAUCCACUCCGAACGCGGCAUGAUCACCGCCUGGUGCUGGCUAAAGGACAAACUCGUUUAUGCAACCAUCAGCAGAGUUCACGUUUACCAUUGCACUACAGAGCAAACCAGAACUUUCUCAGUGGGCACGGGGCCGUUCGACAGCCUCGAUCCCUUUUCGCCCGUCAUCGACAUUCGUCCGAGCUCGGAUGCAAGUUCGGAGGUCAAAGUCGUCCUCCUCGACCUACGCGAGUACACCAUCUCCUUGUCGCCACCAGACGAAGCUGACCCAGAACCCGAGGCGGUGGAGCCAACCCUCCCGCCUACGCUCACAGGGUAUUCACCGAUGACCGAACGCCUUCAACGCAAGCACAAUGAUCUUCAAGCCUUCUUGGGCUAUGCCGUCGAGCCUAGCUCCCGUCUUUCCUCUGCCUCCCUUGUGGGAGCAGUUCGUACCGACCAGAAAGUCGCCUUUCUGGGCUACAACUCUUCGGAUGCGCUGUGCUAUCAGUUGGAAGUCGUACGCAGCGGCAGCGUGGUCGCUGCAUCGCUGCUCGACGAAGCAUUGGAAAGCACCGCAUCGGGCACGCCGCCCUAUCUAACCUCGCGGAUCGUUCUCUCUCUAAUGUACACGUCCAAACAACAAAAUAAGCUUCGCGAUCAACUCGUCUCGGCAAUCGAGGACAAGUGGACGGCUUUGGCUACUGUUUCGGCCGACUCACACCAUCCCCAGCAGCAGCUCCUCUAUCUGUUGGCCAUCCGACUGCAAGAGUCAGCGUCGGACUCGUCAGCACCGUUUAGCACUUUGAUCAGCUUGUAUCGAGAAAGCGUGUUGCGCAACUGGCUUCGACGCUGGCUGGCAGACCUUACCCGGCUUCAGAAGGCAGGUCAAGCGACGGUUCAAGAUGGAAAGACGCUUUCGAUGCUCUCAGCCGCCAGCCGCCUGCUCCCUCGUGCAAACGUUGAGGCGACCGCACCAUCCGUGAAAACCGACGAGCAGUGCGCUGCUUGUAAUACGCAACUGGUGCUCACGUGGAACGAGCAGCAUCGAUACUUUGGGUGGGCAAAGUGUCAAAAGGGACAUGUCUGGCCUCGCUGCUCGCUCAGUCUGGAGACCAUAUCGGAUCGCGAAGUGCGCGUGUGUAUCGGGUGCUGGGCCAAGGCCAUCCUGCCAGACGAGUGCGAGAGCUCUCGGCUGUUGGACAUGCUUCAGUCCAACUGUCUGUAUUGUGGCAGUCAUUGGAUCGUUCGUUGA